AAAUGAGUGCUAAUAUCGUAGAUGUUAUCUAAGAUAGAUCUGCAGAGAUAGUGAUGCCAUGUAUCCCAAGCCUAAAGUCAGUACAUCUCUGGACACAGAACUGGCCGAAGCCCUCAAAACCAACGACUAUAGCGAUUGCAUCCGAAGACUGGAUCAAUACUAUGGACAGGUGAAGCGCCAACUCUUGCGAUACCAGAGCCCGACGACGGGACUGUUCCCUCGGGUCUCGUGUCAUACAAACGAAGCCCAUAUCAGAGACUCGCUGUACAUCUGUAGCGCCAUUUGGGCCCUCUUUCAGGCCUACACCAAACGCAUCGACGAUGACCGGGGUAAAGGGCAUGAG